AUGAAGGCGUCUUUUACGCCUCCGCAGGAUGGCGAGACGACGCCCAAGGCGCGCCCAGCGUCGAUGGAGCAGAAUCCAUUCGACCUGCUACAGGAGCGCAAUGCGAACUCGAGUGGUCGCAGCAAUGCGAUGGGCAUUAUUGGCGGGGACCGCGCGGUGGACCGCGCGAGCUCGCCAAGUGUGUUGUUCACGCCAGGCUAUGCACAGGGGCGCAUGUCGACCGACAUUGCCAAUAUGGCGCCGAUGGCGUCGCGCAAUGCGCCCGAAUUUAUGAUUGAAUUGCCCCCGGCCAAGACGCGGCCGGAAGUGAAGGAGGCGACGCGGCAGACGGGCACGGCCAAGGGGUACCUGCGUGUGCAGGUCAUCGAGGCGCGCGGGCUGGGUGUGUCGUCCCCGGAGCACUCGCGGCCCUACGUCGUGGUGCAGUUUGACAAGAACGAGUAUAUCGGCUACGAUGAAGAGAAUGCGAGCCAUGGCGCAUGCCCCGUGUGGAACAAUGCCGUGACGUUCGAUGUCACGACGGAGCAUCAGAGCGUGCAGAUCAGCGUCUCGAAAGGUGUGGCCAUCCAAAAGCCUGAGCGAGGCGACAAGGACGAGCCGCUCUCGAGCAGUGUGCAAGAAAAGUUCCGGGGGUUCAGCUACAGCGGAUCGCCGGAGAGCUCUGUAAGCUAUUUGGAGAACGCGAUCCAGGCCAUUGACUGGGGUCGCGAUGAUGCGAAGGACGCAUAG